UAAUCUUCUCCCACAAUGCACCGCACUGUUAUUGUUUUGGUCCUGUCCAACAUGGCGGCUGCUGGCUGCGUCUUCCACAGAACCCUGACCCGGUCCAGACCCGGACCCGGACCCGGACCGAACAAGACGUCCUCGUUGUCUGCCGCCGUCUGCAGGGAGCUGCUGCGUGUGGUGGACCUGCGGCGUUACGGCCGAGACCAGGGGUCGUCUGUCUACUUCCCCCAGACCGUCCUCAACGGUGAUGACCUGUAUGACGUCACGCUGACGGACGGUCACUGCAGACUUUGUGUGACUCUGGAUCCUGGUCUGAACCGGCUGGUUGAGAGAAACGUCCUGCACGCCGGCUCCACGCUGAGUAACGCCACCUUCGUCCCCGCCAUAACCGCUCAGCACCCGUCAUGCCCCGGGGCGGCGUCUGCGGAGAUGGACAGCUACAGACUGGAGAGUGUGGACGUCAGAGAAGAAGCUCCGAGCGUCGAGGACCACGAUGGCGUCGGGUGGUUCGAUGAGGACCAUGACUCUCUGCCCUGGUUUGGAUCCUCAGAACCUGCAGGUCCCUUGGUUCCUCUCAGAGCCAAUAGGAGCGUGUUCCUCCCACUCUGGAACAAUGUGGACCCCAGUGGGGAGGAGUGGAGGGAAGCACCUCCCACUGAGGAAGAGGAGGGGCGUGAAGAAGAGGAGGAAGGGCAACGACCUGCUGUCACGGUGUCCGAGCUGCGUGACUCCUUCCUGUCCGGUCAACGUGGCGUUGCCAGGGGCGCCGUCCAGCAUCGGUUGAUUGUACGCAUCAUCGACAAGUCGCACCUGAUGUAUUAUGGGAGAACAGACCGCAACUGUGAAUGUCCCUACAAGGCGGUGUUGGAGGUGUGUGACCGGACAGGAAGUGUGUGUGCGGUGUUGUGGAACAGCGUGUGCGUCAGCUGGUAUCGCUGCCUGAAGCCUGGUGAUGUCAUCAGCCUGAGACGCUAUCGAGUCAAACAGCAUUACCAGGCUGAGCGUGAUGACAUUGAGAUCAGCGUGAACAGCAGGAAUCCUGCUGCACAAAUAUCUGUUCUCCCAGAAUCAUCAGUGUCACCGGAAUAUCUCCCACCUGCACCAACCUACAGCUUCUACAACAGUCAGGAGCUGCUGGACCGUCCUCCCGGCGCAGUGUGUGAUGUCAUCGGUCUACUGACACUCUCGGGGCGACCGGAGCGAAUGAGGAGCAAGGAUGGUCGAGGGGCGGAGCUUUUGGAAUACCGCUGGCUGCGAUUGGAGGACGGGACCAGCAGUCAGCCAAUCAUGGUGAAGUUGUUCUCAACGUCUCAACCCAAAACCCACCUCCACCUCCACCCACUGUCUGUGGUCGUUUGCACACGACUGAAGUUGCUCAGAGCUGCAGAUCAAACCUUCCUGGCCAACACCACGAACACUCAGGUGUAUUGCACAGGACUGGGCCACCACUCAGAGAUGAGUUACCGUAAACUCCCGCCCGUGCGACGGUUCCUUCGGUGGCUGAGGAGCCAGGACGACAGACAGGUGCUGAGCCGGGCUCUGAUUGGAGGAUUCUUCACGUACCCGCCUCCUCCCGUCUCCCUGGAAACAUACAUGAAAGAUCGCAGAGGUGUGCCAGGUUUCCUGAGGGGGGCGGAGCUUCAGAGGGAGCUGGAGGGGCUGUCUUACCGCGAAAGACGGACCUUCUGUAUCCAGGCUACAGUAACCAUGGUUACGUACAGGCGCAGAGGACAGGAGGAUCGCUCUCUGUUCUGGACGGACCGAGCUUCGUCCCUCUCCCCCUCGUCCCCCUGUGUCUCUCACCCGUCUCCGUCCUCCUCCUCCUCCUCCUCCCCCCUCCCUCUGCCCUCCACCCCUCGUUCAUUCAGACCCCCUCUGUCCUCCUCCUCCUCCACCUCGUCUUUCUCUCCCACCUCUCCGUCCUCGGCCGUCGGUCAGCUGACUCCUCGUCCCGUCACGUCAGGGAGGUCGAGGAAGAGGAAGCGGCUGCUGCAGCUGGAGACUCCGAGGAAGAGAUGUCCAUGGUUCACGGUUCCAACAGAACAGAACCAAGACACAGUGAUCCUGUUCGAAGCCUCCAUGGAGUUUCUAGAAAACUCCAACGCCGAUGAAGACGAUGACGACGACGACGACACCUUCGCCACCGCGCCACUCUUUCUCACUCCGCCGCCCGUCGCCGAGGAGACGCUGCCGAUGCGUUAUGACCACGCCCGCAGGGAUGAGCAGGCCGUCGCCGUGGUGAUGGGAGGGAGGGCGGAGCCUGGGAGGUUUGACUCUGCCCUUGAGGACUACUACACACUGAGACUGAGAGCUCUCUCGGACGGCGUGUCGGUCGACGUGGUCUUCCUCCCAUCCUCCCCCUCACCUCCCCCCCUCCUUCCUCACGCCAACACCUGGACCUCCAUCUUGUCACAUGGAGCCUUCUCUUCGGACAAACCUCCACCUUCACCAGCUGACCUCAUUGCUAUGGCGGACCAGCUGACCAAUCGGAGGCUGGUGUGUGUCCUGGAGGCGUGUCACCUGGGCGGAGCUACAACUGAACUCAUCCUGAGCCGAGCCUUCCGCCUGCCCAACUGACACACACACACACACACACACACACUGAUUUUUAUUUGUAAAUGAUUGUUUUUGAGGUUUUGAUACUUUCAUAAUAGUAUUAAUUAUUUCAUGUUAUUUAUUGGAACACAGACUGAAGCACUUUGGGAGUUGUAGUUUUUUAAAACUAUAAUUUAACUACAUUUAAAAGAAAGAAGCUCCUGUGACAAAUUUAACCUUUUAAACUUUUCCAUUCAAAGCUCUUUGCUGGAUUUGAUCCAGAUUUCAGUUUGACGUUGGGAUUUGUGUUUUGGAUAAAACAUUUCAUUACAACUGUUAA